GUAUCACCGCGGUUCUGGGUGGCAAAAUAACAUGCGGAGAUUUGAGGUGCUCGAGGAGACCGUGGCGACCAUCAAGACUUGUCACGACGCUGAGAGCGCAAAGGAGAGAAUCCAGAAGGAAGAAGAAGAUAAGCGAAUGAAGGAGAAGGAAGAAGAAGACAGGAAGACUCAACAAAUUAAGGAUAGAGAGGAGCUCCAGAAGAUGAUCGGUGAGACCAUAGAUACAAGAUUGGGAGGAACUGGAGUGAAUGGUGUGCCUGCCAAGCAGAACGGAGCCAGUGAACUUGACAAAUUGUGUGCCGAAGUUGCUGAGUUAAAGCGAGUGAACACAUCUUCAGCUGGAACCAGGAUGAGCGAAAUUGAGAAGCUUCGUGCCGAGAUUGCCGAGCUAAAGCGAGCGCAAGCGCCUUCGGGACCUGCCGGUCAUGUUGCUGAAGCUACUGGUCAGGUUCAGGUUGAGAGAGAGGAGGCUUGGAAAAGCAUACAUGAGUCGUACGAAAAAAGAAUGACGAUAUUGGAGGAGCAGAUAGUUACUCUGAGAAGGUUGAAGGCUGGCGCAGUUAGUGAGGCAGAAGCAUGGAAGCUAGAAGCACAAAGGCCCGAAAACAAGAGAGGCGGAAUCAACAUUGGAGUGACACCAAUGACCCAGGUCAGGGUGCGAUCAAGAAUCACUCCUAUACAAACCUCCGCUCCAAGGAAGAAGAUGUUGGUGGAAGAUUACCAAGCGUUCGCCCAGCAGAAUGAAGAGGAGGUCAACCUUCUGUGGGAUAUGCGUUCCAAAGAGGUGGAGCGAAGGAAGGAAGCGGAACAAGAGGCCGAGCAGUUGAAAGAAAAGCUCGACAGAUUGGAAAUAGAGAAGGUUGAUAAGACGAAGUCGACUGCUACUUGUCUACGAGUCCGGUUGGAAGCCGUCAUCGACGACACCACUGGCCCUUCAUCCCGGGGCAAGAAGAAGGCGACAACGACUGACGAUGCGACGAAGAUCGAUAAGCUGAAGAACGAUAAGGAGGCUUUCGUCAAAUCCAACCGUCUUGACUUGAGGUCCAUGAAGAAGGAUGCAGUACAAGCUAUCUGUGAGAAGGACGGAGUCCAGUACACAACACUGGACAAAACGAAGGAGGAGAUUGUAAAGAAGAGAGUAGCAAGGGCAUUUAGUACUAGCACUAAUGAGACAACCAGGCAGAAUGGGGUCGUGAUUGAAGAGAUCUCGGACGACAACACCGAGGUAAGUGCCAAUUUAGGUAAGACUGUCGACGGUGAAGAGGAUGUCUCUUAGUGUCUGUACAGGACGCGGCUUGGUUUUGGAAUC